AUGAGCGACCACGACGUCUCCGUCGCCAUGGGAACCACCCACGACCCCGCGCACCCGUCGCAGACACACCACAAGACACACCGCAACAGCACAGUCAAUAGCCACGCCGCAUCCACCACGCACCGCAGAAAGGGCAGCAGCACACACGCACACCCAGCCGACACCAUUCAACACCCACACCCACACACCCACACACACGCCUCAGCAAAAGCGGCGCCAGGCAGUGGGGCGAAUGGCUCGUCAGCCGCACGCCCGCCAAAAGCCAAGGCAAGCACCACCAACUGUAGGCCACGCACUGCCAAGGCGGCUGCGGCCAGGGCCGGGAGCAGAGGAUCAAAUGACGAUGCAGCAAUGACCAGCACAUCCACUCAGAAGUCAAAGAAUACCACCACCGCACCCUCCACUGGCGCGAGUGAGAGUGCCGAGGCACUGGGCCGUUUGCUGCAGAACGCGCUGGCGGCACACACACGCACCACAACUGACCACAACAGCCACGAACCCAACAGCCACAGCCACAGCCACGAACCCAAUAGCCACAACCACGUGGACAGGGGAAUACACACUGUAGACAGCCGUAUAGGGCAGGGGGGGCAGCCACAGCACACGGCACCCUCAGGAACAAGCCCUAUGGACGGUGCUGGCGGACAGGUCAGUACAACGGGCACUGACACGAACGUCAGCAGGCAACUGGGUCAAGCGGGCGAACAGGCGAGGCGAGGCAGCGGUGACCAUGGCAACGACGGAUGGGUGUAUGGGGCGAAAGCAGAGUGGAGGCAAGGGGAGGCGCUUGAUGACGGAUGCGAUGACGGAAGAGCUGGCGACCAACAACUGCGCCGACGGAGCCAACAGUCCACGGACAGCACUACACAGGAAACUUCACAUGCACACACCUCAGCCCACGACGCACACAUGGACAACGCAAUAGCGCUGAGCAAGAACAAGAGCACAGGGGUGACUGCGAGUGUGGAUGGGCAGGGGAGGGAGGGGGCCUAUGUGUAUGCAGGAAGCAUGUCUGCUGCACACGACACACACAUGACGCCCCAGCAAGACGUUUACCAUCCCCACGAACAGAACCCAAACACACAGCAGCAGCCUUGCACACAGGCACAGCCCUACGGCAACAACACCAAACAGCAUAGCACUGUGGGCGAUAGCAAUACGCCCAAUACGACCACCGCCGCCGACCACAGACCGCAUGCAAAUGCUCAGCAGCACACACACACACACGCACCGUCACACACACAUUCUCACGCUCACGCACACAUAGGGCCUCACGAGACUCAUAGCACUGGCGCAGCGUAUGCGCACAUUCACAGUGGCAACAGUGGGGGCAGCCGCAGCAGAAAGAACAGCGAGCGAGACAGCGAUACAGGAGACGGCAAGAAGAUCAAGCGCAUCAGACGUCCGCCGUCAGAAAUUGAGCGUGCGUAUGUGUGCGAUGUCACGGAGUGUGACAAAGGCUACGGCAGUCAGGGUGCCCUGGAUCUGCACCGCAAAACCAAACACGACAUCAAGAAGGGCAAAGACCUGCACAGCCACUCGUCGGCGGAUCUCUGGUCGGGCUAGCCCGGGCGGUGUAAGAUUUAAAUAACUGGGACAUCAGCUGGGCGGUUUGCCGUAUAACGUACCGCCGCAAAUACUUUUUCCGAUACCGGCGGCUCCAACAAAGGAUACUGCCGCACUUCUUAGACAUGGCGAGUGGGAUAUUGAUGUAUAGUAGUGGGGAGAGAGAAGAUAUAUAGAGUCAUAUGCAGAGACAUAUGCACACACAUAGAUCACAAACGGAAGUAGUGAACAGACUCAAUAAUAAGCAAAUAUAGACUGGCGAAUCAAUACCAACGCAAAUAUGAACAUACAUGCAUCAGUCUAUGCCCCACAUUAAGACAUGGGCAGUAGCACAUAACAUAACUCAGUCUAGAGCACAGCCAAAUAACAUACAAAUACGCAC